CGACCCUGAAUUACUUUCUGCCUACAGAUACCUUCAUAUAAUACUUUGUAUUUCACCUUGGGACGGACGCCUCGCGCAACAGACUCUCAUACUCUCUGCGCAAGUGCACUCAUUCGACCAACUUAAAUCCAAAUCAUUCCGAGCCAGAUGUCGGACGAGGACAAGAUGACUCCCAGCAAAUCGGCAGCUGGCCCUAAUAGUCCUAAACCGGAGUCGCCGACUACUGCGCGCCCCUUGGAUUUCGAUGAUGAACCUCAAGAAACCGGUGUUACCACUGCCCCUCCCCAGCAAACUGGUACAGAACCUGCCCCGCCAAAGCCACCCCGUCCAGUGAGCCCGCGGCAACAGGCAGAGAACACCCUCAAAGAAGCCUUCCCCACCAUCGAAGCAUCUGUCGUCAGGGCAGUUUUGGUGGCCAGCAACUGGGAUGUCGAACGGGCUUUUCAUGCUCUGCUUGGCAUGACUGACCCCAACGCUCAGCAAGAAGACAUAGCGCCUCCAAAGCCUCCUCGUCCGUCUGCGGCUCAGAGGCAAUUGGAAGCGGAUGAGCUGUAUGCCCGUCAACUAGCCGAACAUUACAACCGCCGUGCGCCGCAAACCCGCUGGGAUGAAUCUCGACAUGACAGGGCUAGAAGAGGAAGCGAUCAGUCGGAGGAGCGGGAAUAUAGCUUUUUUGACGAUGAUCUUCCGGUGAUCCGGGAGAACAUUCGCAAGGGGUUCCUGGAGACUCAGUCCAAAGUGAACUCUUGGGUCCAGAAUCUCAAGAAGCGACUUGACGGUGAAGACGUCGAUGAGGGACCAUCUAACCAGCGCUAUGAUGAAGGCCAAGGUUACAGUCGAUCAAGAAGGAGUGGCGAUAUGGGUCGUCGCAGCGGUGACCGCGAACGUUACGAUGCUGACCCUCAGUUGUUGAGCGACGACUUCUCUGCGCUGGAACUGAGAGACUCUGAAGCACCUCCGCCACAACCUCCAAGGAGGCCACUUGCCAACGCAAAUUUGUACAAAUCAGCUUCUCCCUCACCUGACAGACGUAAAGUAUCUUUUCAGGAGGGUCCCCCAUCUGAGAUUGGCAAUCUUUAUGAUACUUCCGACCCGGCCAAACGCACGUCCACGGGAGGCAAGUCGAGCAAAUGGCAGCCGCUGGCCACAGUGGAGCCAUCGCCUGUCGCAGAGAAUGAUCCGUUCAGCCUGGGAGACAGCGAUGAUGAGAGAGAUACUAAGGGCAAAGAGCAGAAUAACGCUGACGAAGCUGAUCGUAUCAAGAAGGCUACAGCAGAGGCGAUGGCCGGUGAGCUUGGUUCUACAAAUGAUAAGGAUCAGACAGAGACUGCUGGAAAGUCAUAGGAAGCGGCCAGGCCAGCCUUUGAGCGCAUAUCUUUCGCCAGCAGUUGUGGCCGUUGUCAUCUGUUGCGUCUCCUCCUUUAUCCUGUCUUUUUACCACCAUUCUCUAUUUGUGUUUAUAGUCAAUUCUAUGAUACCAGGGGUGCCAUGACGCAGGCAGGGGAAAUCAAAGUAUUUAAAGCUUACAAUUCGGAGC